UGAUCCAAGACCAACUCCUAUCCGCUCCACGACCAGCUGCUUUGCAAAUCACGGCUCUCUACAUGCCACAUGAUUAGUAUGAUAUAGAGUCGACAAUGUACCACCUUGCCAAGGGCCUCUAUCUCCUCGCAACAAGCAAAGAAGAAUACUCCGUCAUCCUCCUCGGCCUCGACAAUGCCGGCAAGACAACCUUCCACGAGCAGGUCAAGUCCAUGUACCUCCCGAAUGCGCCCGAGCCCAAGCUCAAGACGGUCCCCACCGUCGGCCAGAACGUCUCGACGAUAACCCUGCCAGACAUGUACCUCAAGCUCUGGGACGUGGGCGGCCAGCACUCUCUGCGCAAGCUGUGGCAGAGCUACUACGCCAGCUGCCACGCCAUCGUCUUCAUCAUCGACAGCACGGAUAUUGGCGACGGCGAUUUGGCGCACGAGAACACGGGCCGACUGGACGAGUGCAGGCUGGUGCUGGAAGACGUGCUGCAGCACUCGGAGACGGAGGGCGUGCCGCUCCUAAUAUUGGCAAACAAGCAGGACAGAGAGGACUGCGUUGAGACGAUACGCAUCAAGGAAGGGCUAGUGAAGCGGGUUAUGGAGGGCGAGAAAGGCGCCGCCAUUCGCGACUCUCGCGUGCUCGCCAUGAGUGCGCUGACGGGCGAGGGCGUGCGAGAAGCAAUCGACUGGGUACGUUCGAGGGUCCAGUGGAACAAGGAGUCACGGCCACCUGUCAUGAGGUAGCCAUCGAAGAAGCGGAAGGACGAAGCGUUGCAUAUGGGCUACAGACAAAACGAGCGUCGGGUGGUGUUCUGAGGCGUUUCUGGUUGGAUAGAUAUGGGUCGCCUUGCUAUUUCAUCUCGUUGCGAGCAAGCGAAAGCUGAAUGUAAACCAUCAGCGGAAGUUUAUUUUAUUUUGUAAUCCAUCAGAGGGAAGAAAUCAUAUCGGGGUAUCAUGCAUUUUGCUUUCCUGAUUUUUUUUAUCCUUCUUUAGUUAACGUAUAUAAGUAGAUCACAUUAUUGCCCCCUUUGGCAUUUU